CCCAAAGACAGAUGAGGCGAGCUUAGCUGCGACGUCAGCAAAGAGGAUCGACGACGUCGGCAUUAUCAGCGAUUGAACGAUUACAAGUGGCUUUCGGCUGUUAGCUGUCGGCUUGCGGCGCAUUGGAGCUCAGUUGGAGACAAGAUGCCGCAGUGGCUGGUCAUUGGCAUCUCGGGUGUCACGUGUGGCGGCAAGACGACGCUGGCGCACAGUUUGCGCGACUACUUCAAGGGAUUGCGCAAUGCGCCGCUCUGGAACACGCCCUAUACCAUUGGCGAUGUGCAGCUGAUCUCACAGGACGACUACUUCCUGCCCGUGGACGAUAGACGACACAAGCGCGUGGACAAAUUGAAUGCCAUCAACUUUGAGCUAAUCACGUCGCUGGACACGAAGCAAAUGCUGACGGACAUUGCGCACAUUAUCAAUGGGCCCUCGGAACAGAUUGCUAACUAUGCGAACUUUGAGCACUAUGCGCUGCAGUACCAACAGCAGCAACAGUUGCAGCAACAGCAGCAGCAUCAACAGCAACAGCAGCAGCAUCAACAGCAACAGUUGCAGCAACUGCAACAGCAGCAGCAACAGCAAUAUAAUGCCAGCUAUCAGCUGCAUAACGGUAAACACCUGCCACCUGCUGCUGCUGCUGCUGCUGCCUAUCAAUAUCAGCAGCAACAGUUGCAGCAACAUCAACAACAGUUACAUCACACGCAUCGGCAGCACCAUGCGGACCAUCUAAUGCGCCUCAAUAUCAAUGCUCAGAUCGCUGCGCAGUUGCGCGAUAAGAAAAUCAAUGUCCUACUCAUCGAGGGCUUCAUGAUCUUCAAUCAACCCGAGCUGCUGGCGCUUUGCAAUAUCAAGUAUCACUUCCACUUGCCGUACGAGAAGUGUUAUCAGCGUCGCAUUCAGCGCACCUAUGAUCCGCCCGAUGUGACGGGCUAUUUUGAGCUGUGCGUCUGGCCCCACUAUGAGAAGAACUUUGCCGAGUACCGCGACUGCAAGGAUAUCACGUUCCUCAACGGCGAGAUCAGCAAGGAGAAGAUCUUCAAGUUUGUGCUCCAGCGCAUUGUCCACUAUUUCGAAGAACGCUGCGAUGUGCCCACCGCCUCCCCGAUCGCCUGUCCGCCCCAGCAGAAGCGUUUCGGCAUGCUCUACAUGGCCUCAGCAUCCAGCAAUAAUAAUCACCUGCACACCGCGUGUCCCAUGGAACAGUAGCCAGCUGGCACUGGGCUUAGGCAAAUCGCAGAGGGUAGUCUUGAAAGUUUCCAAAGUCGGGAGAUAGAUUGAAGGAUUUCAUGUUAGCUAUCAAUUAACCCUCGCAUGUAAAAAGCUAAAUCAUGUACAUUUAAAGUCUAUAGAAUUCUAUUUAGUUCUGUAUUUAGUUAUUUUCCAUUAGUUCUAAGCACAUGGACACAUUCUCUGUAGAGUCUAAAACGGGUUUGUGAACAAAAAAACAAAAAUGUUGAAAAUAAAAGGUUCAGGAAUAUAUA